AUGUACCUGCCGUCAACGUCGUACACAGGACCUUCAACUACAAUUAACAGCGGCGCGGGGACAUCUACUGCGGGGAGCUCUGAGUGCACGGAAGACACGUUCCACCAGCCAGCCAACACUCAUGCCACAAACAAUGCCGAGUCAGUGUCGGAAAUGGUAAUCGUGCCAGCAAUACCGACAACCACACAUGUGCACAUCAGCACAAGCAACACUCAAGCAGGUGAAACAGCCGCCGAUACUGAAGUGAAUGAUGAAACCAAUGACGAAGCACAAGGGGAUGAAGAUGGUGGGCAAUCAGAAAUCAUGGUACCCCAGCCACCGUAUCUUGGGCAGAGAUUUGAUUCGUUUGCAGAUGCAAAGGAAUUCUACCAGACAUAUGCAAAGUUCCAUGGAGGAUUCACCCCCCUCGAGAAGAAAUUCAUAAAGCUGCUACAUGAUUGUAACGUCGGUCCGUCAAGAAUGGUGCAGAUACUCUCCCUCAUCCACAGCAAAAACGGGUCUCUGAGUAGCAUGCCCUACCUACCAGCAGACGUCACAAACCUAAAGGCAAAGUACCGUAGAGAAAGCAAGUUGGCUGACAUAGAAGCCACGACAGCCUACUUCGAUGAGAAAGCGAAAGAAGAUCAAGAUUUCUUCUACAGGAUAAGAUUGAACGAUGAGGACCGUGUCAGGAACAUGUAUUGGGUGGAUGGUGCUGCAAGAAGAGCCUACAAACAUUUCCGAGACUGCAUUUCUUUCGACGCGACAUAUCUCACUAAUAUGUACAAGAUGCCAUGCGCUCCAUUCAUAGGGAUAAAUAACCACAAUCAGUCAUUGCAGUUCGGAUGCGGGCUCGUUCGGAACGAAGACACGGAUGGGUACGUUUGGCUGUUCAAGACCUUCUUGGAGUGCAUGGGUGGACUUGCUCCGAUGAGCAUAAUAACAGACCAGGAUUUUAGCAUGCGUGCAGGCAUAGAGGUGGUCUUUCCGUUGGCAGUGCACAGGCACUGCAGGUGGCACAUUAUAAAGAAGGCUGAGGAGACACUAGGACCGUUCUUUGCUGACCGUCCAGACCUGCACAAGGCAUUCGAGCUGUGCGUGGACCACAGCUUGACGGUGGAGGAGUUUGAAAGGAGCUAG